AUCCCAUCUCUGAAUUUUAUCACAUUUGACCGCUAUACUCUAUUUAUAUAUAUUUUUUUAUUUAUUUAUCUCUCUUCUCUAUUUUCUUUUUCCUUCUUGCAUGUUUUUCUCAAAUUUUUUUCUUCUUCUUCCCCAAUGUUUUUUACGUAUUGUUUCUUUUCUUCUUUUUUUUCAAUUUUUUUUCCUUCUUCACCACCGCCUUCUUCGAUGGGAGGAGCACCACCUCCACCUUUUAUUGAACCUACACCACCCCCUUCAUCCAUGGGAAGAGCACCACCUCCACCUUUCAUAGAAGAAAUGGCACCUCUACCACCCCCUCCACCAUUGGGAGGAGCACCACCACCACCACCACCUCCACCUUUUAUGGGAGGAAUGGCACCUCUGCCACCUCCUCCACCCAUGGGAGGAGCACCACCUCCGCCACCUCCUCCUAUGGCAGGGGGACCUCCACCACCUCCACCACCUCCACCGCCCCCUCCUGGAUGUCGUGCCCCUGGGCCACCGCCACCUCCUGGAGGUGUUCGAAGAGGACGUGGAUUAAUACGUUCUUAUGGUACGGCUCGAAUAUCUAACGUGAAGCCAGUGCAAUGGAGCAAAGUUACCAGAGCAUUACAAGGAAGCUUGUGGGAAGAAUUGCAAAGGCAUCAAGAGCUACAAGGGGGAACAGACUUUGAUAUAAAAGAAAUUGAAACUCUUUUCUCUGCUAUCCCCAAGAAUACAGGUGCCAAAGCUGGAGGCCCUGCUAGUAGUAAACCCACGAAAGUCCAGCCGGUAAUGUGAUAACCCGAUCCGAAUAUGAUCUGAAAUAGUUGGGUUUGGGUUGAGAUUUUCGACCCAAUUAAUAAUUUGAUCAAACUCGUUUAACCUAUUUAAUUAAAUGGGUUAGGUUAAGGUCUACAUUUUCGACAUGAAAAG